AUGUUUCGACGAGCCGUCACGACCAUUGCCAGAUGCGCCGGGGGUCAACUUUCAAGGCGUCCAAUCCGGCCGACUAUCGUUCCCAAGGUCUUCGCUCCCAGCCCUUCCUUCCCAGUAUCUCGGAGCUACCAUGAGAAAGAUGAGUUUCGCCUGCCCCUCGCGAGCAACCCUCGAAAUGUAGGAUCAAUGUCGAAAACAGACAAAGACGUUGGCACCGGUCUUGUUGGAGCUCCUGCUUGCGGGGAUGUGAUGAAGCUGCAGAUUCGUGUCGAUAAAGAGAGCAAUACGAUCAGCGACGUAAAGUUCAAGACUUUUGGCUGCGGAAGCGCCAUCGCCAGUUCGAGCUACCUGACGGAGUUGGUCAGAGGUAUGACCUUGGAGGAUGCUGCAAAGAUCCGCAACACAGAGAUUGCGAAGGAAUUAUGUUUACCCCCGGUGAAACUCCAUUGUUCCAUGCUUGCAGAAGAUGCAAUCAAGUCGGCUAUAUCAAACUAUUAUACUAAGAACCCGAAAGCGGCGCAGACGAAUCUCUCCGGUACGGCCUCGCCCAUUCCCCGGGCUGAGGCUCGGUCAACCAGUGGGGAAGCAACUAGUUAG